UCCGAGUUCAGUUGGCUUGAACGCACUGAAGUUGGAAGCUGGAGAUUUCCGAGUUGAUUUGAACGCUGCAUAAGAACAGCGUGAGAUGCCAGAGCUGUCGCUGUAUUUUUCUAAUGUCAACAUCUCUUUGGGGCAAGCUAUGGACGCUGAAAAGAGCUCCAAUAUGGUGAAGGAAUUUGAGAGUGUGGAGCUGGGAGACAUGGGGAUGAAGAAGCAGAAGGUGCCCCGUAGAACGAUUUACUUUGCCAGUGGCGAGACCAUGGAGGAAUACAGCACAGAUGAAGAAGAUGAGGAAGUGCAAGCUUCUUUCGCUGUUAAGACCUCAGCUGACCAGUCCAAGUUGAAUUGGGGUCCAUAUUUUUGGUUUCACAUGUGGCGAGUGGCAACCUCCACUAUUUCAGUUUGUGACUAUCUUGGGGAGAGAAUGGCCUCAUUGUUCGGCAUUACCUCACCCAAGUACCAGUAUGCUAUUGACGAGUACUACAGAACGAAAAAGGAGGAGGAUGAGGAGGAGGAGGAGAACCGGCUGUCUGAGGAGGCAGAACGCCGUUUUGAAGAGGAGCACAACCAGGAGAUCCAGCAGCCAGCCAUGGAGCAGCCGGAGGGCAAAGCCUCCUUCGUCAACGUCAGCUUCGAGUUGGAUCAAGAUCCCACACCUGAUACCAACAGAUUUCCUGCCCCCAUCCCCACCUAACAGUUCAAUUAAAUGGAUGUUUCCAUUUUUCUCAUUUCA